AUGGCAUCUGACAAAGCUCAUACACCUCGCUCAAUACUGGAUGCCUUUUAUCAAGCUGAACGCGACUACAUGUCAGCAAAUCCGGAGGAUCGCGACUUUUCAGCCAUGGCCGCACUUUUAGCACCAGAUGUACGACUUCAUCAGACCGCUGCACUCCCUUAUGCAGGGACGUAUGUAGGCAUCGAAGGGUUUCAGGACGUCGCACGCCAGAUGGCAGAUUAUCUCAACGAGGUAGACGUGCGCAACGCUGAGAUCUUCGAGAGUGAAUACAAGGGUUCGAACCGAAUCAUGUCUCUUUCGAUGGUACAUCUAAAAAUCCGAAAGACUGGUGAGGAAUUAGACUUCCCAACCACACAAGCCAUCACAGUGGACCUUGAGAAGGGACUGAUCAUGGAGAUCCGCCCUUUUUAUUGGGAUGUUAAGACUUUCAACGAGGCUAUUGGGUACCAGCCAUAG